AUGGACCCUACAGAGCUGAGAUAUGUGGAAGAUAAAGAUACUCCUAUCAUGAAAACUAUCAAGGGGGCAACCUAUGGGCUUGUGACCGGAACUAUAUUUGGAACUAUUGUUGCCACUUGGCACGAUGUACCUCGUGUUGAGAGAAGAGUUGCACUCCCUGGCUUGAUUCGGACACUAAAGAUGAUGGGAAACCAUGGAUUGACUUUUGCUGCAAUUGGUGGAGUCUAUAUUGGUGUCGAACAACUGACGCAAAAUUUUAGGAUGAAGAGAGACUUCAUCAAUGGAGCUGUUGGCGGUUUUGCAGCAGGUGCUACUGUUUUGGGUUAUAAAGGGAAAAGCAUCUCUACAGCACUCUCUGCAGGAGCUGCCCUUGCAUUUACUUCUUCUGUAAUUGACAUCGGAGGUCAAACCACCAGAAUCGAUAAUGGCAAGGAGUACUAUCCCUACACCACCAAGAAGAGGGCUAGCGCAGACUAG